UCCGUUUUCAUCGCUAUCCAUAACCUUACCUUCUUUGUAUAUUUUUAAUAAGAUAGAUUUAACUGUAAUUUAAAAUAAUAUUUUUUAGGAUGGAGACAGCAGGAACAAACUGCAUACAUGGAAAUGAUAAUCUCAAAGUCCAUAAAUGGAAUGAUAACCUUUCAGGCACCAACACAAGCCGGGACCAACUAACCCGACCCCGCAUCCACGCCGGCGCGCCACGCCCCCGGGCCCCGUCCCCCGCACCGACGCCGACGGCCCCAAAGCGGCGAGGCGCCGGUGCGCCCUCCCGUCCCCUCCCCACCUGCUCUGCCGUUCCACUGUUCCCUUCUCGCCGACCCGCCCCGAUCUCCGUCCUCAACCCCACCAACCCACCGAGCGACGCGGCCGCGGCGCUCCUCUAACCUCCCUCACUUCCACUCCACGCCGCCCACCCGCCCGCCGGCUGCCUGCGCAAUCCCGUGCGGCCCGCGAUCCCGCCCCGCCGCGGCCCAGAUCUGGUGGCGCCUCGCCGCUCGCGCGCGCGCUCACGGGGUUGAGGCGCAGGCGGUCGCCCGGUCGGGCCGGUCGAUGGUUUCGGCCGCGGCGCAGGCGGGCGUGGUCGCGGCGUGCGUCGUACUGUUCGUGCCCAUGGGGCUGGCGGGGUGGCACCUCAGCCGAAACAAGGUGCUCUUCUUCUCCGGCGCGCUCUUCGUCUCGUUCGCCGUCGGGGUCCACCUCUCCCCCUACCUCCCCUCCGUGCCCCACAUCCUCGCCACCUCCUUCUUCCUCCCCGGCUCUGGCGCCGCGUCCGCCGCCGCCGUCUCCUCCGGAUCCUCCUGCGUACCGUUCCUGCACCGCGUGUCGUGGUCUGACGCCUCCUCCGCCGCCGCCGCCGCUAAAGGCUUGGGAGGUGGGACGGCGCGGACGUGGUCGUGGCCGCCCUCGCUGGCGUCCGCCUGCGGGUUCGCGCGGCUGUCGCGUGACGACGCGUCGCUGCUGCUCAACGGGUCCUGGGUGAUGGUGGCCGGGGACUCGCAGGCGCGGUUGCUCGUGCUUGCGCUGCUGCGCCUACUGCUCGACCCGGCCGCGGCGGCGGCCGCUGAAUCGGAGCUAUUCCGCCGCCACAGCGACUACCGCGCCGCGGUGCCGGCUCAGGGCAUCUCCGUGGACUUCGUCUGGGCGCCCUUCGAGAGCAACCUCACGCGGCUGCUCCGCGAGGAUUUGCGCCUCGCGCCGCGCGUCCCUGACGUGCUCGUCCUCGGAUCCGGGCUCUGGCACAUGCUUCACGUCACGGACGCCACGAGCUACGGCGACGCGCUGGCGUCCGUCGCGGGUGCCGCCAAGUCGCUGCGCUCGCCGCUACCAGUGCCGCCGCCGCAUAUGUUCUGGCUCGGCCUGCCGCACCUAGUGAACCACAUGCUCAACACAGACGCCAAGAGGGCACACAUGAAUGGCACCAUGCUACGCGCCUAUGACCUCGAGGUCGAUCAGAGGGGUCUUGUUCGUGGUGAUGGCGGCCCAUUCCUAUUGCUUGAUGUGGGGAAGCUCACACAGGGGUGCGGGCAGCAAUGCACGGCUGAUGGAAUGCAUUAUGAUGGCGAGGUGUAUGACGCUGUGUUGCAUAUCGUGCUCAAUGCAUUGGUGAUUGAGUCACAACAAAGGAUUUGAGUGGGUGGGGGUUCUUGACCAGAUUCUCCACAAUUCAUCCAUCCUUCAUUGCUUGAGAAAGUACUGCAGAAAAAACCCAAUGUGCCCUAGUCCUUGUUGCAAUGGUUCAUCGAGAAGGUACUUAAUUGGUAUUUUGCAUUUUUUUUACGAGCUAUUUCUGCAUUAUAUAAUUCUGUUAGCAAUCUGACUCAGUAAUUUCAUUGACUUGUUUGACUCACUUUGCUCAGCCUUUCAGUUGGUAUAGGUAAUCAAUAUGUUUCUGAAGGCAUUAUUUGUCCUAUAUUAGGCAUAUAAAACCAUAUGGUAAUCAGAUAACGUCAUAGUUAUGCUGCUUCAAGCAAGUGCUGAAAUAUGCCAUGCUUCUUUAGCGAGCAUUGUUUACUUUCUGUUUGGAUUGUUGAUCCAUGGUUCGUUUUCCCCAUACAUCAUAUGGAGCCCUAAGUUGUGUCUGUGAUAAUGUGGUACAGUUUGUUCUUGAGUAGAUCAAGCCCCUUCCGACUUUGCUACAGAUGGGGUUAUGACACUACAUAUACUGUUAGUUCUAUACUAAAUCGAGAAAAGGGAAAGCAAUAAGUUGAAGAAAGACACUUAGAGGUAGUUCUAAUGUUUCCAAGACUCACCAUGAUGGAAGAUGAACAGUAGUGUACUUUUCAUGGCUGCUUCACACUUUCUGGUGUUUGAUCUCUAAUUGUGGUUUACGCUGAUUGGUCUAAAUCCACUUGCAGGAUUUUGAUGUAAGAAAUUCGUGUGACCAUGUGCAUGCUGGGCACGCAUUAGCUCGUGUUGUUUCAGGAUGGAAGACUACGGGCACCCAGUGCUCUCUCUCUCUCUCUCUCUCUCUCUCUCUCUCUCUCUCUCUCUCUCUCUCUCUCUCUCUCUCUCUCUCUCCUGCGGCUGCAGGUGCAACUGCAACCGGAGCCGGCGCAAGUGUAUCGUGUUCCGAGGCCGUCAGGAUGGGGGAAAAAUGUCUCUGCGUCGGUUGGGUUGGCAGCGGUGCGGGCGCGUCUGUGCGGUGCGCCGGUGCUUCCGCAGUUCCGCUUGCUUCGACGAACUCCAAGCUGUAACAGUGAAGGCUCGGCGAACUUUUUAUCAUACUGUGUAUGAUAUUGGAUUUCUCUGAAACGAAU